CACUGACAAAUCUGUCAGUGAGCGAAACGAGAAAAACCGUGCGUGUUUACAAAAUCAUAUGCUCCUCGCUAGCACCAGCCCUACGAGAACAUAAUACUCUCCGGAGAUUGCUUCCUAUAUGUGAUUCCAAGGUGUACCCGGGCCGUAAUUUAACUGUAAAGCUAGUACCAGCACGUGGCAAUGGAACGCGACUAUCGGGAAGAUCAGUGUAACGAAAUCGAAGCCCUGGAUUCGAUCUAUUGCGGCGAGCUGGAAGUGCUGGCUACGGAACCGCUGCACCGAUUCAAACUGCCAAUUGCCACAUCCGAAUACGAUGCGGAGGUGGAAACCGAAGGCCUCUCCUGCAAGCUAGUAUUCCACUAUACCGAGAAAUAUCCGGACACGGCGCCGCUGGUAGAAAUUGAGGAUCCGGUAAACUUUCGUGAUGGCUACGAGAAGGGGCUUCUGGAGCACAUCGAGGAAACGAUUCAGGAGAAUAUUGGAAUCGAAAUGGUCUUCUCGCUAGUGAGUUCAGCGCAGGAAUGGCUCAACUGUAAAUACGAUGAACUUAAAAGCGAGGCAGAAAAUGAAAAGGCCGAAGCAAAGCGACGCGUGGAGGAAGAGGAACGGAAAAAGUUUGAGGGAACUAGGGUCACGGUGGAAACUUUCAUGGUGUGGAAGACCAAGUUUGAGCUUGAGCUUGGGAUUACGGAACGAAAGGAAAAGGUUCUAGCGGAAAACAGGAAGCUGACCGGAAAGGAACUGUUCCUAACGGAUAAUACACUGAACGAGUCGGAUCUGAAGUUCCUGAUGGAUGCCGGGGAACCGAUCGAGAAUGUGCGAAUUGAUGAAUCGCUGUUUCAGAAUAUCGGAGACCUCGAACUAGACUCGGAGGAUGAUGAUGAUGAUGAGGAUUACGUGCCGGAGGGUAAAUAAAGCGGACUCGGGAGCGUUAGUUUUUUAAAUCUUUACUUGCUUAAGAUAUAACACGGAAACUUAUUUAAAAAUUUGAA